UCUCAGAAGUACACCCGAAGGUCCCAUGAGCGGCUGUGUGCGUCUAUAAAAUGCGCACUUGCGGUGUAACAAACUGAUUCUAAAAAGUCAGAAAUCAUUCAAGCAUUUAACAAUGCAAAAUAGUUUGUAUUAGUUUUUCCUAACCACUACAAAGAUGGAUUUUCACGAUUCAAGCCAAGUCUUCUUUGAGAAGAAGAACAAGGCGACAGCCAGGCGGUCCUUUGCUGCGUUUUCUGUUGUGACGAUGGCAGUUGGAAUCGGCCUGGGUAUCCUCAUUGGUCGCUACGCCAUCUGUGACGAGAAAUCAAAUUCCGAGGAUUCUGGACAGUUGUCCUACAACAAGGAAGCUGAUCCAAGGAUUAGUGAGGAGAUCAUCAAUCAAAUUGAUGCGGAAAAAAUUCGGGAAUACCUAAGAGAUUUGUCCGAAUUUCCUCACUUGGCUGGAACAGAUGCUGACUACAAGCAAGCCAAAGAAAUUCACGAUUUUUGGAAGAAUGAGGGCCUGGACGAAGCAUUUAUUACUCCGUAUGACGUUCUGUUGUCUUAUCCUAACACCACGGACCCUAACGUAAUGAACAGGAUAUUUGUAUACAACGAAAAUGAUGACAUCGAAUGGGAGUCAGCCCUGUACGAACCCAUUCUACAUCCCAGUGAAAAUAAGUCCAAUGUGGUGCCGCCUUUCAAUGCUUUUUCAGCGCCCGGAAAUAUAACAUCUUCGGAGCUGAUGUACGUGAACUAUGGCCGGGUGGAGGAUUAUCAGUGGCUGGUUAGCAACAAGAGCAUAAACGUGACGGGAAAGAUCGUUAUCGCUAGAUACGGGAAAAUCUUCCGCGGAGACAAGGUACGCUUGGCCACACGUUAUGGAGCCUCUGGCAUCAUCCUAUUCUCCGAUCCCAAGGACUACACCUACGGUGUUGAUCCCAAAGUGUAUCCAGAUACCUGGUGGCUCCCCGAAUCAGGCACCCAGAGGGGCACCACCUUCAUGGGUAAAGGGGACCCUCUCACUCCAGGCUACCCGUCGACAGAUACGGCCUAUCGAGUGGACGAGGAAUCACUGAAGGGGGACCUGCUCCCCAGCAUCCCCGUCCAUCCCAUCGGCUACGGUCUGGCGGAAAAACUGAUCAGUUACAUGGGAGGAGAUGAGGUACCUGAAUCUUGGAGAGGCGGUAUCAACAUUACAUACAAGUUUGGGGGACCCCUGAAGAAUGCUGGUUGGAAAAUCAGAAUAAGGAUUUCAACAAGAAAUAUUCGCAGAACAACGUACAACGCGUUCGGCGUGAUCAGAGGCAGUGUGGAACCAGACAGAUACGUGUUGCUGGGCAACCAUCGUGAUGCCUGGGUGUUCGGAGCAAUCGAUCCUUCGAGUGGAACAGCUGUAAUGAAAGAGGUGUCCCGAGUGAUGGGGAAUCUUGUUCGAGCAAAGAAAUGGCGGCCACGUCGCACCAUCAUUUUCUGUAGCUGGGGAGCGGAGGAGUACGGGCUUAUUGGAUCUACAGAGUGGGUUGAGCAAUACAUCAAAAACUUGGCCGAGAGGGCGGUCGCUUACCUCAACGUUGAUAUAGCUGUCACAGGCAAUUACACGCUCGAUGGUGGGGCGACACCUCUCGUUCAUCACGCCUUGUAUGAAGCCACGAAAAAGGUACCAAACCCAAAUACUGCCCAGGCAGGACGCAGUGUUUACGACAACUGGAAGAUGACGACCCCCAAUGAAGACAAAACUCAACCAAAGAUUUCACCACUGGGCUCUGGAAGUGACUUUGCAUCUUUUGUACAGCAGUUUGGUUUGCCGUCCGUGGAUUUGACGUACACCUAUGAUGAGGAUAAGUACAAAAUUGGUUCUUAUCCUCUGUAUCACUCAAAAUACGAAACGUUUUAUGCUGUGGAUAAAUUAUUAGACCCAGGAUUUCAGACUCAUAAAGCAAUGGGACAAAUCUGGGGAGAGCUGGCUCGCAAUCUGGCCGACUCUCUGAUCAUUCCAUUCGAUGUACGGGACUACUCCAGAGUGCUAGAGGGGCUUGUAAGGCAGCUGAAUUCAUCAGAAACUGGAGCUAUCAUGAGGACCAAAAUGAGCUUAGAUAAACUUUUUGAAGCUGCUCGAAAUUUUACGAAAGAAGUUGAUGCUUUUUACACCAUGCAAAUGAAUGUGAGAAAAUCAAAUCCAUACGAUGUUAGAAAGAUAAAUGACCAGCUUCUGCAACUAGAUCGGGCAUUUACGGACCCAGUCGGUAUUCCGAACAGACCCCAAGCAAGACACGUCCUUUUUGCCGAGAGCAGUGUGAACGUGUACGCUGGAAGUAGUUUUCCAGGGUUGAUAGACUCAACUUUUGAAAUAAGCGGAAGCCCCAAUGAAGCCCAGCGCUGGGAAGUGGUCAAGAAGCACUAUUCGGCCAUUAUAUUCGCCAUUCAGUCGGCCACGUCUUCACUUAGAGACGUAACGAAAUUCAUGCCUGUUACGUAAGCCCGAAGUUUUCGCAAAUAAAAGACAUAAUGUAAUUCUAUAUGAUCAUUCGUAUGGAUUUAUGCAUAAAAGACAAAGUGUAAUGAUGAUGAUGUAGAAUCCAUUUGUGUAAUGAUGUAGAAUCAAUUUGUAGUGAUUGUGCAUAAAAGACAGAGUAAUGAUAUAGAUCCAUUUGUUGGGAUUUACGCAUAAAAGACAGUGUAUUGAUGUAGAAUCCAUUUUUGUAAUGAUGUAGAAUCCAUUUGUUGUCAUUUUUUAAAAAUUGCAUAAAAGCCAUUAUACAUUUACUUGCAUGAUGGUGAGGAAAAUGAGAAGAUUUUUCCCCCCAAGAAAUAUCAUAUUUCUCGAGGGCUAUGCCCAAGGAAAAUGUGAUUUUUCUGGGGGAAUAAAUCUUCAUAGUUCCCGAACAUUCAUGCAAUAAAAGUUUUAUUAUACAGAACAACAUACGACUUUACAAAAUAAGUCGAAUUAUAAUAAUUUUCGACUGGUCGAAAGCAAUUACGACGUGAUUGGUUUUUUUUCUUAUUGUCUCUCUUUUCUUUCAUAAAUUGUAACAAAAUUGUUUUAGUGGCAUGAAUAGAAUUUAAAUGGUUUAAUAAUUUUGAUUGAAUCAUAUUUGUCGACAUCGUAUGCUUAUAUUGGCAUUUUCCUACCUUUGUAAUGAAAAAUCCCGAGAUUUUCGAAGAGGUGAGACACGAUAUUUAUUUCCCGGGAGACACGACGUUUUGUUCGCCCUGUCACGUGAUUCCCUAGACCAAUCAGGUGACGUGUUAUAUAGAAUAAUCAUAUUGAGGUACAUUGUAUAAUAAAGUAUAGGAUUUAUGCAUUAAAGACAUUGUGUAAUGA